AUGAAGUCCGUUCUCUCCAAGGCUACCCUCCUCGCCCUCCCCACCCUUGCCCUCUCCAGCCCCCUCGUCUCCUACGCAGGCUACUACUUCACCAACUGCACCUCCCCCAGCGUCACCGCCACCAACGUCGCCGCCUCCUACUGCGUCAACGUCGAAAACAUCCCCAUCAAGUCAUUCACCGCGUACGUGUUCUCAGGCGCAUGCGAUGACUCGACCACCCCCGUGUUGAACACAUACACCGAGGCGGGAUGUGCCGCAGACUCCUUGUUCGAAACCGUGGACGUGGACAGCGAGAAGCAGUGUUUUGAGGCUGAUGUCACGUUGGUUAGUUUGGGAGUUGAGUGUGUUUAA